AUGCUAAGAGGAAUGGCAGCCACGAUAAGAAGGAUUGUGAGCACUGCGAAAGCUCCUAAGGCCAUCGGGCCUUACAAGUAAGUUGGAUACGCUGAUACAAUGGCAGUACAUAUUAAACAUGAGCUCGUCGUUUUUUGAUGAGCUCUUCACUGUACUUUAAAUACUUUGCUGAGCGGAAAAUAUUGCCAAAACUUGCAAUACACGCCACGUGACAGAAAGGCAAGAUCUAGAGCUAAAAAGUUUAUGUGUCUUAGAUGUGCACAUCCGAAGUGCUUCUGCUAUCUGCGAGCCUGUGGGUAUUAUUAUGAAAAAAUUGCCCCUCUCUACUCGUGAUGGGCUAGAAAACAGCGCGCGCCCUGACCCGGUGAAUUCAGGUUGAGUUUCACUUCUUGCGUUGUUAUUUUUGCAAAAGUUAAUUUCUGAGGAGAUGGCUACUGUACGAAAGACCGUUCACACAGCAAAAGGCGUCCAACCGAUUCCUGGUGUAUAUAGGUAGAUUUUGUAAUUGAAAAGGAAUCAAAAUUAGCUUAAUCAGUAACUGAUUGCUAUGAAUUCAUAUUGUUUGGUAAUUUCAGCCAAGCAGUGAUUGCUGACAAAACAAUGUAUGUUUCUGGUCAACUUGGGCUAAACCCUGAGGUAAUGUUAUCAUUCAGGCCCUGUCCACAUGUAUCUGGAUAUUUUUGAAAACAUUUUUCUCUGUUUUAGCCUUCCGUCCACACAUGUACAAUGUUUUUGGGCACCAAAAAUAUAGGUUUUUGAAAGCGAUGCUGAGGGUGGAGAUUUGGGGAAACGUUGACUCAUCUUUUUCCUUUGAACAGACAAAAACGGAGGCUUUCAGAUAUGAUGAUGUCAUACAUCAUACAGCGCAUGUCACACAAGGGAUGCUAUUAUAUUUAGGUAGUUUCGAAAACGAAGCACUCGAAAACGAAGACUGAAGCACGAAGCACCCAAAACUCGAAAACGAAGCACCCAAAUCUCGAAAACGAAGCACCCAAAUCUCGAAAACGAAGCACCCAAAACUCGAAAACGAAGCACCCAAAUCUCGAAAACGAAGCACCCAAAACUCGAAAACGAAGCACCCUAUCUCGAAAACUAAGCACCCUAUCUCGAAAACGAAGACCCCAAAAUCUCGAAAAAAGAAGCACCCAAAACUCGAAAACAAAGCACUCAAAACUCGAAAACGAAGACCCCUAAAACUCGAAAACGAAAACUCGAAACCACUGUAGGUUUAAUAAGUGCAACUUUACGUCUUACAUGACGCAAUCCGAAUCAGGUGGAGGCAGCGGAUGCGUCCGCACCUCCAAAGUCCACAAAAUCCAUCCCAAGGUUUUAUAACCAACUGUUUAACUGAACUUUUCUAGAUAGGAUAUCCUGUAUUAAUUUUAAUAUUAGUCUCGCUAUACUUGAUACAUCUUACCUUAAUAUGCAUUUUUUCGGUAUACAUACAUGUUUAUGUAGACUUCAAAACUGUCCGUCAGCAGAUUUUGGCGUAUUCAAGUACGCGUGAGCAGUAACACAAAAGGUCUCAAACGAGGCUGAAAACCGAGUGUGAGGCUCGCGCGUAUUACUCUUACGCCACGCUUUACCAUCUUCUUUACUGAUUUUAAGAAAAAAAACGAUUGUUUUGCAGUCUAACAUAUUGGAUGUCUAUGACACUGCGUGAUCAGAUCAGAUCAGAUCAGAUCCAGGCAGAAUUUGUGUUAGGAUAACAGCCUGGGACCAGGCUCUAUGGAGGGGAACAGGAGAAUUCGUUAUCGUGCUUGAUUCCUGCUGUAUUAGCAUUGGUCUCGUGUUUAUAAAGGACAGACCGGUUUCGUGUUUUUGGGUGCUUCGUUUUCGAUCUAGGGUGCUUUGUUUUCGAGAUAGGGUGCUUUGUUUUCGAGUUUUGGGUGCUUCGUGCUUCGGUCUUCGUNGAGAAUUGAAGCACAAAUUUUCAAAAAACUGCAGAUACCUUUUGUGGAGGCCUUAGUUUCUUUGCUUCCCCGAAAUCCCCUCAAAUAAGACCCCGCCCCCUAAUAAGCCCCCCUUUUUCCGGGGAAGAAAGUUAAUAAGUCCCCUCAUGUCUAUUAAGCCCCCCCUCCCCCCCCCCCACACCUUCUCUUAUUCUUCACUAAUAAAUGAUAGACUGUAUUAAUCAAGCAUGAUUGUAAAACUUCAUGUAGACUGAUCCAGGAUGGUUUAUUUACCAACUGGAUUUGGAUUCUGAUCCUCGGGUGCAUGACCUCCAACCUUCCUUUACUUGAGCUUUUCCACUUUGUAUUCUAGUUAUUUAUGGUGUACUGAUACCAUUGUCUUUUCUCAAUUAAAUAGGACCCCCAUCUCAAAUAAGCACCCCCGCCCAUUUCAAUUCGGCCCCCUUCAAAUGGGCUUGAAAUAAAUAAGCCUUCCAGGGGGCUGAAUAGAGGAUUUACAGUAUAUGUGUUUGGUAGAGCGUGGGGAAAAGGGGAAACAGUUUUUUAAAAAAACUUCAUGAGGUUUGGUUUUGUUUCUAGGUAACCUGUCUGGGGAGCAGAGCCAGGGCUGCCGCACCUUCUCCCCCUAACCCCCCAAUUUUAAGCACAAAAAAAUUAAAAACAUGUAAAACAACAACUAUGAGAAACAAUAAAGCAAAGUAAACCAGAGAAAGCAUAACGGCAGUCUCAGUCAAUACAUCUAGCCUCCCAUGCAGACGUUCAUCACAUAAUCCUCCGUAUAGAACAAAUGACAAAGUCCUAAGAAUGCCUGCAAGGGAUGCUACAAUCCAUCUUCCCUUAAAGUUUAUGAAGUUUGGAGAUACUGCUCUUUAAAGCAGGCAAUGGAGAAAUUACUUCUUAAGAGGUAGACUGUUUGGCAUCAAAAUUUAGCAGUGAUCCAUGUAUUAUUAAAACUUUUUCCUUUCAUGGUUUUUGAGUUUUAUAGCAAUAACUAUAUGGUUUCCUUUAAAACACCAUAAAGUUCCGAAAAUAAGCCCCGGGGCUUAUAUUUUUUAAAGGUCCUUUUUGAGGGGCUUAUUUUUGGAGGGGCUUAUAUUCGGAGGGGCUUAUAUUCGGAGGGGCUUAUCAACAGAGGGAAAUUUGCGUUUCAAAAUUGAUUGUGCUAUCCUUAUAGUUGGAAGUAAAUGUACCGUUUUGGCAUUGUUUUACUUUGUAUUUGAGGGCAAUUUUCCAAGUACAAGCCCCUGGGGGGGGGGGGGCUUAUAUUUGGAGGGGCGAUUUAACGGAGGGUUUUUUGCAUUACCGGUUUGGGGGGCUUAUAUUUGGAGGGGCUUAUACAUGGAGGGGCUUAUUUUCGGAAUUUUACGGUAAGACAUCUCAGUCAAGUUCUGUACAUACAGUCAAACCCUAUUAAUNGUAAAUGUACCGUUUUGGCAUUGUUUUACUUUGUAUUUGAGGGCAAUUUUCCAAGUACAAGCCCCUGGGGGGGGGGGGGCUUAUAUUUGGAGGGGCGAUUUAACGGAGGGUUUUUUGCAUUACCGGUUUGGGGGGCUUAUAUUUGGAGGGGCUUAUACAUGGAGGGGCUUAUUUUCGGAAUUUUACGGUAAGACAUCUCAGUCAAGUUCUGUACAUACAGUCAAACCCUAUUAAUACAGACACUGUGGGAAGCCAUAGAAAGUUUCUAUAUUAACGGGGUGUCCAUAUUGAGAAGCUUAAAUUUAGAAUGUGUCACAAGGGCUUUCCCCAGGGACAAAGCAAACUGUCCAUUAUAAUGAGGUGUCUGUAUUAAGCAAGGUUUGGCUGUACUUUAAGCAAUAAGAUUACAACAGCUGCACAUUUAAAACACCAAAAACAUAAAGAAAAUCAUGCAAUUGAUCACUCUACAGUUGUGUUUGGUGAAUAUGUGAGACUGGAGUUGACCUUACCGGUUCUUAUAUUUUCACCAAUGCUGUAUUUUUUCUUUCUUAGACAAUGGAUUUUGUGUCUGAUGAUGUAGUCGAACAAACCAAGCAGGUAAAGGAAUAAAUUUUUUACCCCAUACAUAAUUCAUAUUUUCAUAUUACCUAAUUCCAUGUAAUUUAUUAAAUUAUUUAUUUUUAUUAUGUACAUGUACAGCAUUAUGACUUAACAAAUAUAGGAAAUAAUUUUUUUUUAAUAAUGUAUUUUUUCAGUCCUCGUUUAUACUAAAACAAAAAAAUGUCUGUUCAAAGCAAGUGACAAAAUUAUAUUUUUUACUUGCAUUAUUUUCUGUUAGGCUUUAGUGAAUAUGGGCUGCAUCCUUGAAGCUGGAGGGUCAUCAUUUGACAAAGGUGCAGUUUAUGAAUUAUAUGUUAAAUUUAAUCAUACCAACUUGUAAGGAAGGCAGGACCAAAUGACAGAGUUAAAGGCAAACCUGUACUUGCCAGGGGAUAAAAAUGCAGCAGCAGGCCAUUUACACGAUGGCAUUAUUUUACUACCACUACUCUUAGACUCCUUCAGCAUGUUGCUUUCUUCUGUACAUCAGAGGUUUUGUUAUUUAAACCUCACUGGCAUUACCAGAUAUAAAUAAUAUGGAGGAAAAAAAGAAAUGAAUUCUGAAUGUUUUAGUAGUGAAAAGACUUAAUCGUGCAAAUGGCCUAUUGCCAUGAUCUCUCUAGUAUUUUUCAGUACCAUUUAUUAAGGUGCACAUUUGCAUUUGAAAAGUGCAGGAGAGUCUAGUAAAACUCUUAGGUGCUUCACACCAUGAAAACCAGGAUAGCUCCAGCUAUAUGAGCUACAACCUUGCAAAAAUACUUGAGACACUGUACCUUAUUAUUGCUUGAAUGGCCUGCCCAUGAUCUUGUGCUUGUGAUCCCCCUCCUUCCCUUAUAAGUUGUCAGCAAUCCAAGAUCAUGCUCAAAGCUUAGUGGAACAACUUUAAAUGGAGGGGAGGAGGGAGGUGAGUAUUAUAUAUCGCAGACAUGUGACUAGCAGAGAGAUGAAGUAGAAAAGGCUGGAUUUUGUCAGAGUGUCUCAAUAUUUUUGCAACUGGUUGUAGAUAUGACUUUACUCCGUCCCAUCUCUAACCCUUCCCGAAAAAAGCACAUGCAUUCAUAUGUAUGUUUCAUGUGAUUUUUGUUGGAAAGUCAAAACCGUCUAUUCGCAGGUUAUAAUUUGCAACAACUCCUGUUAUUUUGAGUGCUGGUGACGUUGUGCUUGGUUUGGUUUUAUUGAUUCAAAACUUGCAGCAAAUUCUUUGUUGCAGUUGUGAAGACCACUGUUCUUUUGGCAGACAUUAAUGACUUUGCCAAAGUAAAUGAUGUGUACAAAACCUGUGAGUGUAUUAAAUUUUUUAUGAUCCAUUCUCAUUAUUUUGUUUGUGUUACAAUCAUGUUGUGAAGUGAUUUGAUAAUAUAGCAAAUUUUCUCAACCCAUUUUGCACCAUUAAAGGUAAAACCCAAGGCAUUAUAUUACUUCUCAAGGGAUUUUUGUCCCUUUUUCUCAUAGUUUUCACCUCUCACCAACCAGCCAGGGCAGCAUAUCAAGUAGCAAACCUUCCCAAGGUGUGUCAAAGUUUUAAGUGGAAUUAUUAUCUUUUUCACCAGUGCUAACUGUUAAGAUACACUGUCUGUCUAUAUGUGUUAAAACAAAACCAGUAGCUUUUUUCGCCUGGCGCUGGGCACAGCCCUGCUCCAGGCCAGUGCAGUGUCAAAAAUUUGUGGUGGCUUGCCGUCAAGGUUGACACAGGCAGAUAGCCCAGGGACAGCCCUUACAGUGGGUGGGUGGCCUGGGGCUGUGGGGCAGGGAGGGGGUUUCUUGACACCACCAUUUCCUUAAAAAGCAUUGUCCACUGGAGGCUUUGAACAGGAAGUAACUUGCUUCCUUUUGCCCACCAAAUUGAAGUUUGAUCAGGCAGAGCUAGUGAUAAAUUAUAAUAAUUUUUAUUUUAAUAAUAAUAAUCGUUAUUAUCACUAGUCGUUUUUAUUUUAUCUAACCUGACGAAACAGUCGACAUUUCGCGACGCCACCACUGGUUUCUUCAUAAAAUGACAGCUGAGAAACUAGUGCUUAAAUUCCAUAGUUAUGACAUGUCACUACCCAGAGCUAGCUAGCGCAUCUGAUUGGUCGUGCCACAUGGGAAAUUUGCUUCAACUAAUCAGAAGCACUACCCAGAGCUGGGUUGGGAUGCAUCAUCAUUUUGCAGGGAAACAAGUGGCGGCGUCGGUAAAUGUCGGCUGUCUCAAGCUAAUUUUCAUCUUGACAGCUUUUUUAAUUGUUACUAGGUGUUCACGCUUAACAACAUAAUAAUAAUUACUAAUGAAAAUUAGUAUGACAGUGAUGAAACUUAUUGAACCAUUUACCGUGUUCUGGUUUGGGCACGAGAAUUGUGCAUAGGCAAGGCUAGACGAAUUGCAGUAAUAUCCCAGUCUUUUCUGUUGUUUAGAUGUAAAAGCCAUGUUAAAGAACCAAGUCCUAUUUGUUAUUUUAAUUUGUUAUUUUUGUUAUUUUUUUAUUUGUUCUAUGUAUGACAAACAGACAUUUACAACGCAUAACAUUUAAGUCUCGACUUCCUUUUUUUCACUUUUUAGCUUGGUAAAGUCGAGAUUGAAGCCGUCGCUAUUGUUGGAGAGGUAAAGGAUGAGUAAACUCAAAGAAAGUCAUCUUAGGAAUUGUCAACAUAAAAUCAAAAUUAAUCUAGUUUUGUAUGUUUUAAACCCUCAUUUUGGUGGAAACUAAAUAAAAUGGAGAUGUGGAAUGCCUGUGAAAAAUGAUAUUUGAGUAUUUUUAUUUGUAAUAGUAACAAAAGAGCCUGAUAUCAACGAAAUGCAACAAGAAUUGGACCAAAGUUUUGUGUCGCUAAUCUACCAACUUUGAUACACCUUCAUCAUCCCCUACUGGGCAUACCCCGGGUAUUUAACUCUUAACUCUUACAGACUCAUAGGGCCGGUUAUUUAAACGGAGUUUAACCAGUGUCUAACAAAUCCGCGUUCUAAGUCAAUUUCAGUUUGACCAACGCCUUUAUCAAAACACCACUUGUCGCGAACAGUUUCAUUAAAGCAUAUAAUGUAGACGUAGACUAGAGAAGCAUUUAUCUUCUUAAAUUAACCCACUAAUGAAGAGAUCCGGAGACCCAAAGAUUUCUUAAACCGCGGUCUAUGUUAGACUUCGUAUAAUAAAUAACCGACCCAUAGACUUUUCCUCCAGGGCCCAGUUGUUCGAACGCCAGUUAGCACUAAUCCGGGAUUAAAUUUUUAUUCCGAGUUUCUUUUUCUUAUGCUCGAAAACAUUUCCUCGCCCCCGCGGAUAGUUUCCUCUUUCCUUUUUAGAGCAUCCAAUCAUCAACUUGAAGACAGAGUUGCUUUUAAGCUUUCAUAUUUGAAUUCAAAUUUCCCACUAUCCCUGGUUAUCUAAACCCAGCUUUAAACAAUCCGGGCUCGAUGUGUAUUUCACAAAACUCCCGAAAAGUUUGGGGAAACCGUUUCUCGAAAGUCCCGGCAACUUUUCGGGCACGGAAAGCUGUUUUAUGUUUGCCGUGAUGUUAUUGGCUAUGAACCCCCCACUCAAAUCAAGCCGCCCACAAAAAUACUUUCCAAAUUUUCGUACCCAAAACAAUCCCUGAAUCGAAUGUUUUAAACCCAAAAAACUCGAUUAUCCCCGUCACUUGAAAUCCGGUCCCCCCCCCCCCCCCCCCCGGCACUGGGCCUCUGCCCCAAAAAAAUUUUCUUUCCUUCCCCCCAAAUUCUCCGGCCUUUGGGGGAACAUGCCGGAUGGAGUUUUUUUUUUUCCUUUUCAACCAACAUCGGGGUGUUUUUUUUUACAUUCUCGUAACCCCCACACACUCCUCCCCGCCUCCCCCCCCUCCUGCUUUUUUUCUAAAAUUUCGUUCCCACCAACACUCCCCACGAAUAUUUUUACACCACACACAACCCCUCCUCUCCCCCGCCCUCAACCCCCGCCCCCCCCCCCCCCCCCCCCACUGGAUCUAGGAACUGUGCCACAAAAAAAUUUUCCUUCAUGCCCGACAAGUUACCGGGACUUUCGGGAAACUGGCCUGAAGUGAUUUUUCUCAUCCAUUUCUAACGAUUCUCGGAAGUUUUUUUGCAACGUAGGCGAACCGACUUUUGGAUCUUGUAAAAGUUUCCAAAUGUUUUCAUUUUAAAUGUAUUGAAAAUCACAUUUCUGCGGCCGAUGAACUUUGUGCACUAAAAAUACUGAGUUUUUCGGAAGUUUUGAGAAUCUCACACCUGGGCCUGUUUCUCGGAAGGGGUGGUAACUUUUCGGGUCCGAAGGCAAAUUUUGUAAUGUAAACCAGUUGAAUUGUAGCACAGUUCCUAGCUCACAAACCGGUAGCCUCCCACGCAGUCCAUUUUGCUUCGUUAACUGAUACUUUCAUUGUAUCGUUUUCAAAAUUAUUGAAACUUUGAUCAUUAAUGCAAACACGGCAAACAUAAGAGGUUUUCGGGCCCGGAAUGUUAUCGGCACUUUCGAGAAACGGGCCCCAGGUCAGGAGGGGAAAGUUUAGUCAACGUGUAGAAGGAGUUAUGGAUUGAGCUCUGAGUGGCAGGCGCGUUUGGGGGGGAAGGGGGAGGGGCGGGCAGGAAGAGGGAAAAUUAUGAUCCCGGUUCUCAUUUCGAAUUUGUUCUUUACUUUAGGUUACCACAAGUAAACUAUGA